GAUAACUUCAAUAUUCGAUAUUGCUCAUGCCUUCAUGUUUUUUCUUGUAGGGUGGCAGUUUUUUUUAAUUUUGCACUACAGUACAGUAUAGUUGUUUUUGACACAACCUAGGAACAGCAUUGUGUUGCCUACAUUAUUGUCUCUCCAUUAUUUUGACUUCAUAUCUCGAAUCUACUGUGACGUCACAAAUGAAACAGUCUAAUUUACUUGAUGUAUUUUACUUGCCCAACACUGAGUGUAUGUAGCAUGACCUGACAUCUGGUGGAAAACCUCUAAAGUUAUCCAUUACUACCAGCAUCUAGCGAUCUUUAUUAUUCAUAAUAUAAGGACUUGUGUAGUGUACCUUGACAGUAUAGUGAGAAGAAUCUGAUUGUGUGAACCGCAUGUGCAUUUCUCUAGACAAAAAUUUUGUAAUCGACUUACAUCGUAAGAUUCUUAAAAUUUUUUGUAACAUGGCUGUCUCGUUUACCUCGUCCGAAGAAAUAGAAGAAAUCCAAUUUUGGGAUAGAACAGUAGAAAUUAUUGGUUCUGUUGAGAAUAUCAUUCCUAGAAAAGCGACAGGUGCCACUGAAUUAUUGAAAUUCUAUCUGUCAAACCAAAAUGGAAAAUAUAUUCAAUGCGUCGUUUGGGGGCCUACAGACAUUAAUGCUUUGGAAGAUCAUAUUGUUCUACAUGAGAUAUUGCAUAUCGAUGGGGCUUGGGCAAGAGUGCCUUCAAGAGUUGAGUUUAAUAAGGGAAAUGUUCCUUUUGAACUACAAUUAUUUUCCAGUACAAUUAUCAACUCCUUAGGACAGCAUUUGGUAGCUAUUGAGAAUCAGGAUUUUGAAAUAGUGGAUUUGCCGAAUGUCAUUCAUUUCGAUUCAACAAAAACUAUUAGAGUGAUUGCAUUUCUCAAGACUAAUUUUGUGAAGCAAAGGAUUGGAGUAGGACAGCAAUUUGGAACGUAUGGAUGUGGAUCCAUAACAAACGGUUCCCAUAAAUUGGAGGUACGCAUCGCGUCCUUCAGAGGAGUAUCAAAUUUCGAGAAAGGGCAACAUGUAUCUGUGACCGGAAGAAUUUGUAAUCAAGGUCCAAGAAUAUUUUUACAAACAGACGACGAAAGUGAUAUUGAGCUUGUUGAUGAUGCGAUAAUGACUUUACCAGAACUUCUUAGCGGUUUUCGAGAAAUGAGAAGAAUAUUCCAAGCCGGGGAAGAACCUUCCAAUUUAAGACGAAGGGAAUAAAAAAGGAAUUCGUUGAAUAAAAUGAAAUUUGCGUGACCUCGAUAUUUCAUGUAAACAUUCCAAUUGAAUACGGACAUAGUUUUUCAUUUGUUUAAUUUCAUUUUUCGUUUGAUUAGCAUUACUUAUAAUGCUUGUUUUUUUAUCAUAAAAUAUCUUAAUUCUUUUCUUUAAUUAUAUAAUUUCAAAUGUUUCUUUUCAUUAACUUCAAUCUAUUUUCUUUUCAAUCAACGCCUCAUAUUUUGAUAUGUAGGUCUCUUAAUGAAACUGUUUUGUUUAGUUAAUAUCAUUAUAAACAUACUUUGUGAUGUGAGAGACUUCAAUUUUUUUUCAAUAAUGCAUUCUAAAAAUGAAUCAAGUCGAUCAAAUAUAUCGAAAUUAAAUAGAUAAAAGAAAUCAGCGUUUCCGCGAUUGGCUGCAAGCUCUAAUGCAGUCAAGUAAUAAUAAGCCAAAUUUGAUAAGACUGAUAUAGCAUAUAGACGAGAAACUAAGACUUAUAAUAUAUUACUUGUUAAUGCUAUUGUAUUAUUUACUUAUAAUUAUUAUACUUAUUAUUUACUAUUAAUUGACAUAUUAAUUGAAGAAUUCAGUCAAAUUAAUAUGUACGUGCGAUCACCUGAGUUAAUACCAGUCAAGUUGCAAUGAAUAGCUCUCGAACAUUCACUACUACUUGACUGGUAUUAUCGCAUGCUUCCACAUGAAAAUCGAUUUAUUGAACUGAUCUUCUAAAUUUCUUUAAAAUAUUUAAGUUUAUUUUAUAUUGAUAUAAGUAAUGUUACAUCUUAUCAUGUUAUAGAAUUUGUGAUAGAAACGAAUGGUGAUGAAAAUUAUUAUGCAUAUAUGUAAAAUUGUCAAGCAAGACAAUAAUUUUCUACACAAAGAAUUUUCACGUGUCUUUAAAGAAUAGGUUUACUAAAUAAAAUAAUUAUAUUCUGAAUUUGAAUUAAUUUUCAUUUCAUGCAUUUAUAAUUUCAUAUAUGUGCAAGCGUGAAUAUAUAUUUUUAAUAUAAUACUGUAAUGUUUAUUAACUCUGUAGCUCUAUGAUUUAUCAAACGUUAAAUUUAAUAAAUUCAAGAA